UUCAUAAAAGUUAGUCUUUAGUCAUAGUAGGUACUCAAAACUUAAUAUUAAGUGUCUGUGAUAAAAGUUGGAAAAUUUCUAUGAUAAUUAACGAUGGAAGAUGAAAUUAAUAAUUCAACUGUGCCAAAUUGGUUGGAAAACUUAGAAAAAUUACGUGAAAAACGUGUAACUAGACGAUUAGGACAUGAAACGGGUGCUGGUGCCCCGUGUUUAAAUUGUGCUGAUAAGUGUCCAGGCUUAGAUCUACAUUUUUGGCGUAAAAUAUGUAAAGUUUGUAAAUGUUCCAAAGAUAGCCACAAUGUUGAAGAUGAUGACACUUGUGGAUGGGUUCAGUUCCAACUAUUGGGCACCAAACCGAUUAAAUCGAAAGGAAUAAAACUACCAGGAAACAUACAAAAUCAAAGUUUAGAAUUUACACCUCCUGGGGCAAAUUCUACUGUUGAACGAUAUUUAAAUGAAUUACCAACUGAUGAAAUACCACUAAGUGGUACUGAUGCAGCUAAAAAAAGGCAAUCACGAUUACAAAAUCAAAUUCCCGCUCACGAUUUGGAUGCCACUUUAUGCGAUAGCUUAACACCAAUCGAACAAAAUAAAAUGCAAGAAUAUGUCAGUCAUAUUAAACAACAUUGUGUGGGUCAAGGAAAAUUAAUUGAACUUCCUAUUUACACGGCUAAUUUACAUGAAAUGAAUAAACCAUGCGCCAAAAUUGUAUCUGAUCAUUUACCUCUGGCGCAUAUUGUGAAUUCAGAAGAAGUAAAUUUAAAAACUGCCGCGUUAGCAAAUGAUUUAUCAAAUCUGAAUUUGCACAACAAGAAAAACAAGCAUGAUCCAAAUUUGGGACAGAAUGCAGAGAUUGGAACAUAUAACUCAAAUACUUAUCAACAAUGUCAUUCUUGCCAGGAACCUUUCACUGGUGGCGAAAUUGUUAUUUCUGUAUCGCGUACUGAUGCUCAGUGGCAUCCAAAAUGUUUUAAAUGCCAUUCCUGUGAUCAAGUUUUAGAAGAUUUAGUAUACUUCUACGAUAAAAAAACCAAAAAUAUUUAUUGUGGUCGUGAUUACGCCGCUAUACGUGGAAUUCCACGUUGUGGUGCUUGUGAUGAACUUAUAUUUUUACGUGAAUAUUGUUUGGCUGAGAAUCGAGCAUUCCAUGUUAAACAUUUCUGUUGUUGGGAAUGUGAUGUUCCAUUAGCGGGACAAGAAUAUUUAAUGGACGGUCCAAAUCCAAUGUGUAUUACAUGUUUUGAACAGUUAAAAGCCGCUAAAUGUCGACAUUGUGGAUUAAUAAUUGGGCCCCAACAGCAAGGAGUAUCGUUGGAUAAUAUGCAUUGGCAUACUCCAGAAUGUUUUGUGUGCCAUCAUUGUUUGAAGAGUUUAGUUGGCACCAAAAAAUGGCUAUUGAGGGAGCAGCAAAUUUAUUGUUCGGCACCUUGUGUUGCAUUAGCUAGUACCUGAAAAAAUUUAGUAUUACAAAGUUUGAAAACAACUGGUAAAAUUUUUCUUAAAAAAGGUAUAAUUUUUUUUAACGACGUUUAAACGUUCAUGCAAUCAAAAUGAAUUUCAUUUUUGAUAUUGUUACCCACUACUGGAAUUAUUCCAUCCAAAUUUAAGUCUGAUAGUUAAAAAAGUAGGUAUAGUAAAAUUUAUAAUCUAUUUUCUAUUUCCAAACUUUGAUAAUUGCAUACAUAUUCCUAUAUUUUUGUGCCUAAAAUAAUUUAGUGGAAAAAAAUUGCCUUUGAGCUUUAAGUAUUGUGAGAGUUAAAAUAAAUUUCCAUACAAAUCAAGGUAAUAAAACCGAAAAAUAACAAAUGGUUCGAAAUUUAAAACUCCAAUUUUUACGGGACCGGGCGCAAACUUUUCGUAAGAGAGUGUAGGAAAAAGUCAGUUUGAUCAGAAAGUGUGCUAAAUUUACGCGCGUCAGACGCUUACAAGUUCGUGAUAACCAAUUGUGCAGUCGUUUUUAAUAUAUAAGGCGUUCAAAACAAAGUUCGUAAUUUUAAUUAAAAUUUUAUUUUGACAAAAUUAACGAUUAUUACCUGUUUUUGGUCAAAUAUUUGAUUUAAAACCAAUUGAACCUUAUAUUUUGGAAAUUUCUAAACAAUUUUUGUCUCAUGACUUUUUUCACCGAGCACGGUGUUUUCGAGAUGUCUGCGUUUUAAAAAAAAUCGCUCUUUUAGGGACCAUCUAUUAAUUACGUCACACGUUAAGGUGUUGAGAGGUCAACGAGUAUUUCUCCCGUACUAUAAAUUUUUUUAAACAAAAAAUUGUUAAAUUAUUUUUAUCGUCGCCGCGAGCGUGAAUUAUUAAUAUUAAUACCUGACACACUCUGUAAAAUAUAUACCCUGUACACAAAAACGAAAAUUUGUGAGUCAGCCCGAUUCGAUUAUUUGAAAAGGGAUGAAAAAAUACCGUUAACUCGAUUUACAGUUGUUUGAUUUGUAGGUUUAAGUCGUCGUUUGCACGCUCGCUGCCCUCCCAUUCCCAGAAUCUUUUAUUAACGUAAUCAAUCGUUUAGCGUUAAAUUAAUAAAUCUUUUGUUUUGUUUAUUUAAAUUAUUUGACUUGAUGUUGAUUU